AUUAAGUAAGGUGGGACUUUCCAAUUGGACUUACAUCGAAGCUUAAGGGAUCCCGAUCCAUUAAUUUCUGUUAUUUCUGUUAUUUCUCGUAGAAAUGUAGAAUUUCUGGGCUCUUCUUUUCCUUCUCUCUUAUAUAAAGUUACAAAGUACUACCACACACAAAUUGGACUUUGUACGUUCAAGUUUGGGUCGGAGGGAGUUAUUUCUUUUUUUUUUCUAGGAAGAAGUGAAUAGGCCUCUGAAUUACUCAAUUCGAGUUCAAUUCGAGAACCAUUCCUUAUGUGUUCUGCUGUAUCUCAAGAUUGCUAGAUUAGAUUUUCAUUUGUGCCAUUACUACAUGUAAUUUUACAAGAUCUUCUAUUACUAGUGCUCGCUCUAUAUCGUACCGCCCAAGAUGCAUAUCCACGAGAUGAUCGCAGACGCCGAGAGGACUGGCCAGCCGUCCUUCUCUUUCGAAUAUUUCCCACCCAAGACAGCUCAAGGUGUUCAGAACCUGUACGACCGUAUGGAACGCAUGUACGACUUCGGACCCAAGUUCAUUGAUAUCACAUGGGGAGCAGGAGGGCGGAUUGCUGAGCUGACCUGCGACAUGGUCGUUCAGGCUCAGGCCUACUUCGGUCUCGAAACCUGCAUGCAUCUUACUUGCACAGAUAUGGGCGAGGAAAAGAUAAACGACGCGUUGAGGAGAGCGUACAAGGCCGGCUGCACCAACAUACUGGCCCUCCGUGGUGACCCUCCUCGUGAAAAGGAGCAGUGGGUAGCUACAGAUGGCCGCUUCAAAUAUGCAAGAGAUCUCGUCGCCCAUAUACGAAAGUUGUACGGUAAUCACUUCGACAUUGGUGUUGCCGGGUAUCCCGAGGGCUGUGACGAUAAUAAAGAUGAGGACUUGCUUUUAGACCACUUGAAAGAGAAGGUUGAUAUGGGUGCUACAUUCAUUGUCACGCAGAUGUUCUACGAUGCCGAAAAUUUCAUACGAUGGGUUAAGAAAGUGCGAGAAAGAGGGAUCAACGUUCCGAUCAUUCCCGGAAUUAUGCCAAUUGCAACUUAUGCUAGUUUCCUUCGACGUGCAAACCAUAUGAAUUGCAAGAUACCUGAGGGAUGGAUGGCUGCUCUCGAACCAGUCAAAAACGACGACGCCGCUGUAAGGGAGGUUGGAAAGACGCUAGUCGCUGAGCUAUGCCGAAAGAUCAUGUCUGCCGGUAUCGUUCAUCUUCACUUCUAUACCAUGAACCUGGCCCAGGCUACCCGUAUGGUUUUAGAAGAACUGGAUUGGAUGCCAACCACGAACCGCCCUCGGAAACAAGCUCUUCCCUGGAAACAAUCCCUUGCACUUGGGCGACGCGACGAAGACGUUCGUCCUAUUUUCUGGCGUAACCGAAACAAGUCGUACGUCUCAAGAACUCAGGACUGGGAUGAAUUUCCGAACGGUAGGUGGGGUGACUCGCGUUCUCCUGCCUUUGGCGAGUUAGAUGCAUAUGGCAUUGGUCUGACUGGUACAAACGAAUCCAACCGCAAGAGAUGGGGAGAGCCCAAGUCCAUCCGAGAUAUCGCUUCCCUCUUUGUGCGGUACAUCGAAAGAGAGCUUCCCUCCUUGCCUUGGAGUGAAGCACCUCUUACUAGCGAGUCGGACUCUAUUAAAGAUGAUCUCAUCAAGCUCAAUGAACGCGGCUUAUUAACCAUCAAUUCUCAACCAGCAGUAGAUGGUGUCAAAUCUACUCAUCCCGUAUAUGGAUGGGGACCUUCCAACGGAUAUGUCUACCAAAAGGCAUAUCUAGAAUUGCUAGUUUCUCCUGAUCUAUUCCCCGAGAUCAUUCGAAGAAUUAACGCCAACCCGGAGUUAUCCUACUACGCCGUGACGCGAUCUGGCAAGCUCACGACGAACACGCCCUCCGAAGGACCCAAUGCAGUGACGUGGGGAGUUUUCCCGGGCAAAGAGAUUGUCCAACCCACAAUUGUCGAGAGUACUAGUUUCUUAGCUUGGAAAGACGAGGCCUUUAGACUUGGUACAGAUUGGGCGCAUUGCCACGAUGCGAACUCACCCAGUCGCAUCUUAAUCGAAAAGAUCAUGAAUGAGUGGUACCUAAUUAAUAUCGUCAAUAAUGACUUUCAUCAAUCGCGGACUAUUUUUGAGCUUUUCGAUGGACUGACUGUUAAGGACAUCGAUGUGCCCGUGACACCUAUUGGCGGAGAGCAAAACGGGAUUCAAAAGGAGGCAAACGGCAAUUAAGUUGCUAGGAAAGACAGGGCAAUUGCUAUGGUACAAGCAUAGCAUUGAUACAGGGAACGGCGUCAUUACACUUUUCAACAAGCAUUCGGCAGGCGGGCAAAGGGAGUUACCAUUUCAACAAGCAUAUCAAGGCGUUUGGAAACGGGGUCCAGAUUUUUCAACAAAAAAUCGGAGCACAGGUUUAGGGCUUAACGGCAACCUGUAAAAAAAGGGACAGGGCAGGCCACGGGUUGUGCUGCAUCAUAUCUCAACGAUACCCCAGCAAUGAAGGUGAUGGUUUCGAGCACGAUUAUUUAUUUAUUUUCCGUUUCAGAGCAGCUGGUGAACGAACUUUGUACAGCAUCUAAUGGAUUAAAAUAACAAGCAAGUGUUUACUCUCCAAAAAGAGGACACACGUCGUCAAUAGGCAAGAUGAGGUGACAUUUCUACUAGAGAUGACAAGAUCAGAUGAAUAAAUUGAAUAAAUCCGAAACAGCACGUAAAGCGCGAAAAUAGAUAUUUAGGGACUUUAUACUAAAUUACCCCGUCGUUUUACUUAUAUGAAGAUGUUCAUCUGUAAUGAUUAGCUCCCUAGAUAGUGCCG